GCCCUCACGCCCGGAGAAGUUUGACUCGGGAGCAGCGCAGCCGCCCGGGCCGGCGCGGCGGGGCAGGGAGCCGCGGCGGGAGUCGCCGCACCCGGGGCCGCAGCGGGACGGGGGUCGCCUCCAGCGGGAGGCGGCGGGGGGAAGCCGGCGGCGGCAGCGGCGCUCCGGGAGCCGCCCCGCCCGCGCCAUGGCAGCCCGGUCCCGGAGACCCUGGCUGAGCGUGGGGCUGGGGCUGGGGCUGGUGCUGGGUUUCACCGCCGCCUCCUGGCUCAUCGCCCCGAAAGUGGCCGAGCUGAGCGAAAAGAAGAGGCGCGGCUCCAGCCUCUGCUCCUACUACGGCCGCUCGGCGGGGCCGGGGGCGGCCGGGGGCGCGGCGGUGCCGGGCGGGCAGCAGGCGCCGCCGGAGGCAGCGGCGGUGCUGGGCGGCACGAGUUUCAGGAGCAGCCCCUGGGAGCUGCCGCCGCCGCCGGCGGAGGGCAUGGUGUCCAGCCCCGCCGCCGGCGGGGAAGGGGAGCCGGAGGAGGAGGAAGGCGGCGAGAAGCGGAGCGGCCGGCCCGGCGGCAGCCACAACGGGAGCGGGGACUGGGGGGGCGCCCCGGGCUACGCCAAGCCCCGCAACUUCCUCUACGUGGGGGUGAUGACGGCCCAGAAGUACCUGGGCAGCCGGGCGGUGGCGGCGCAGCGGACGUGGGCGCCCUCGGUGCCGGGCCGCGUGGAGUUCUUCUCCAGCCAGGGCUCCGCCGCGCCCCCCGGGCUGCCCCGGCUGCCCGUCGUCGCCCUGCCCGGCGUGGACGACUCCUACCCGCCGCAGAAGAAGUCUUUCAUGAUGAUCAAGUACAUGCACGACCGCUACCUGGACAAGUACGAAUGGUUCAUGCGGGCGGACGACGACGUCUACAUUAAAGGUGAAAAAUUGGAGGAGUUUCUUCGCUCACUGAACAGUAGUAAACCUCUGUAUUUGGGACCGACUGGUCUGGGUAAUAUUGAAGAACUCGGAAAACUUGGGCUGGAGCCUGGAGAGAAUUUCUGCAUGGGAGGGCCGGGAAUGAUCUUCAGCCGGGAGGUUCUCAGGAGGAUGGUGCCACAUAUUGGUGAAUGCCUUGGAGAAAUGUACACCACUCAUGAGGACGUGGAGGUGGGCAGGUGUGUCCGAAGGUUUGGAGGAACUCAGUGUGUUUGGUCAUAUGAGCUGAAUCAGCACUCACGGCAAAGCUUUGCUGAGCACAAGCAUCAGAAGAACGAAGAGGUGGUCACGUUCAUCCAGGAAUGAAGGGGCAAGAGAGUGCCAAACUGCCUGUCUUGGCAGCAGCUUACCUUCAAAUUGGCUGGAAGCAACACUGAACUGCAGCCUAAAUCUAGUUCCUUGCUCCAUGAGGAAUUAUCAGCUAGAAGUGUUGUAUUUUGAGUGGAUGAU